CAUUGCGUGGGUGCGCAUUAGCCGAGGCCUUAGCUAGCAGCAUUCCAUUAAUCACAUAUCUGCAGAGACUAGGGAGCACGAGGACAAGGCGGAGAGUGGGAGAGGAAGAGAGUGUGUGUGUGGUGAUCGGAGUGAAACGACAGCCAAGGAAAUAAGGAGGAGGCUGAAACGCUGCUCCGAUGCGAGGGUCCUCCUCAGUCGCGUCUUCGCCCAGCCCCGCCCAAACGGACGUGAAUAGCAUGACGAGGUCCCAGAGAAUCAACCCGGAUUCCCUCGCUGAUGGCGGCGGCAGCGGCGCGAGCAGGAACCCAGCGGCGCCGGCGCCGGCCCCCAAACCGAGCAAGGAGGAGCGCGCCCCGGACGUCGUCGUCGACACCUCACGCCUCGCGCCCUACUUCCCCCGCACCUCGCUGGAGAAUCGUCCGGCGUCCUCAUCCGCUACCCUCCUGAGCCACCAUCGCUACAACGUCGCCAUGGACACGUCCCACUCCCAUGGACCCAACCUCGGCAGUGACGGUGGCAGCGGCAUCGCCUUGUCGGACUGUCCCUUGCCGCUCCAGUGGUGGGGCCACGGGAAGCGCUCGCGCAGCCGUCACCAGGCGCCGGUGCCCGAACCCGAGCUGACGCGCGCCGAGGUGCGCCGUCGGAAAUCCCUCAAGUACAGGAGCCGCAAGGCGGCGAAGGCGCAGGCGCGAGCGGCGAUGGCGCCGCCGCGCGCCCGCGGUCCCAACCUCAGAGCAUCCCCAUCGCCUCCUCCUCGCGCCGGCACCCUCUGGCUCCACGGGUACCCGGGAAUCAACUCGGAUUCCCUCCCUCUCGCUGAUGACGGCAGUGGCAGCGUGAUCCUUAGGCCAGUGGCACCGAUGGCGGGCCCCACACAAAGCAAGGUCGAGCGCACCCCGCUCGUAGUCGCUGACACCUCAUGCCUUGUGCCGUACUUUCCCCGCACCUCGCUGGAGCACCACAUGAUAUGUGGGCGCAUGACAUCCUCAUCCGUUGCCGUCACGAGCCACCAUCCCUACAAUAUCAACAUGCACACAUAUCAGGGACCCAAUGUUGGUUAUGGCGGCGCCAGCGACAUUGCCCGCACCUCACUUGAGCAGCACAUAUUGUGGGGUCAUGCUCCGCACCCGCCUCAACCGGCGUACUCACCAAUUGCGCCCAUGAGCCACCAUCUCUUGAACAACGCCAUGCACACCUCCCCAGGAUCCAACUUCAGUGGCGGUGGCGGCAACGACAUCGCCUCACCGAAUGCCCAUGUGCCGCUUCGGUGGGGCCAAAGGAAGCGCCCGCGUAGCCACCACGCGGCGCCUGGACCCACUCCCGCGCCUAAACCGGAGUUGACCCCCGCCAAGGCGCAGACGCAGGCGGUGAAGCCGAUGGUGUCGUCAGGCGCUCGCGAGCCCAACCUCAUCACCAACAUGUCGCUCCCUCCUCGCGCUCUCACCCUCUCUCUCCGCAGCUCCGCGGAGGAGCUUCACAACACCGUUGGCGAGCAACAGCCAACAUUGAAGGAGAAGAAGGUGAUGCCGCCGCCGAGCGCCCUUGGUCCCAUCCUCUCGACCAUCUCUCCUCAUGCUGCCACCCUCUCGCUCCACAGUUCUUCGGAGGAACCUCACACCGCCGCCAGCAAGAAGCAGCCAGGGGCGAAGGAGGAGAAGCAGCAGCCAGCCCCCAAAGGGAAGCCUAAGAAGCAGCCGCAGCCGCAGCGUCAGGAGUUGAUCAAGGCGACAAAGGAGCAGAAAGGGAAGGCGCCCAUGGUAGAGGUGCCUCCGACCGUCGAGGAGGAGGAGGAGAAGGCGGCCAUGGCGAGGCCGGUGGUGCCGCGGGUCGUUACACAGCUGACGCACGAGGAGAAAGAGGAGGACUGGCUGGCCAUGACGGGCACCAAGCUGCCGCAGUUCCCCCACAGGCGCCCCGAGAUAGUCCAAAAGCAAGUCAACAACAUCUGCCCGGGGGAGUGGCUUUGGCAGGCCAACAGGAACAGGUACAAAGUCAAGGAGAAGAAGUCCGAGAAGCGCGUGGGCGGCCUGAAGGGCAUGGCGACGGAUGACGAGGACUCCAACUCUGACUGAGCUCAAAGAGGAGCUCGGGCGUGACUCCAACAAUGGCGCAACAACGGGAGAAAGGAUAUUUUGGAGUUAUUGGUGAGGAGAAGCGUCGGGAAAAGCGGUAGCAAGAGAAAGAGAGGUUGAAGAUAGUUAGUGAUCAUGGAUGGGCAUUCCAUGAGUUUGAGUCAAAUAAAAAUCCGGAAAAUAAUUUAUGAGGUUGAUGUUGUGCUACCCAAUAAUGGUUUAGGAAUGUUGCAUCUCUGCUACCAAUUGCCACCAUGCAUCUCAAGUUUCUGUUUUGC